AUGGAUGUAACAGCAUGUAAAAAACUUUUCGAUUUAUGUUCACAAUCAUUGAGUAGUACUGAGAAUGAAAAAUUCUUUGAAGCUUGCCAAUUACUUUGUUCUGUCAUUCCUACUAUAUCUAAUGAUGUAUUUCAAUCGUUACCAGAUAAUAUCUUGCUUGAUAGUCUCGGAAAUCUAUUACAAUGUCGUCUUCGAAAUGAACAACGUGCUAUUGUUAUUGAUGUCUAUGCUUGUUUGAUAGAACAGCAUAAAUCUGUUUCGUUUCUUUGUAAACAUAAUAAAAAUCUAUUCAUACUAUUGGUUCUUUUGUGUGCUGUUGAAGUACGUAUGAUGGUCGAAAAUUCUCAAAUAAAUGAAAUUUUAGAACAUCAACAACAUCUUGCUGCUUGUUAUUUAAUCAUUGAAUAUACGAUAGCUAGUGUUUGUCAAUCCGAUGACUUAACCGAUGAUGAUGUUUCAUCUGUUCUUCCUAAACUAAUUGAAAUGUUUCAUGGUUGUAUCUUUCUCAUCGAUCAAAUUAUUGAAAAUGUUGAAAAUAAACAAAUAUUUGAUACAGUUCUUCAAGCAACUGUUCGUAUACUUGGAAUUUGGUUAAGUCAAGAACCAAUGGCCUUGAAAACAGUUGUACAACCUCAUUUAAAUAAAUGGAUGCAAUAUGGAUUAAAUACGCCAACUUGUACUGAAACUUUUAAAAAGUUUCUUGAACCAACUUUAAAAUCUUAUGAAGAAGAUUAA